AUGGUGGUACAUGGCCCAGAAGCAAAGAAAAAGGAGCUGGAAGACAAAAAGCCACCAGAUGAAGGAGAGCCUGAAUGGUGGCAAAAAGACUGGAAUUCCACAGGGAAGGCCUGGGAUGAAUGGUGGAAUGAGAAAGAAAGGGAAUGGAAGGAGUGGCAAGAAGGUACCAGUGAAGAAACCGAAGAUGAUGGAAAAAACAAAGAGAAGCCACAAGAGAAAAGGUUGGCCAGAAAAAAUAGGACUGGCAGCCAAAAAGAAAGAAGCAAAAGGAGGUGGCUGGAAGAGAAAAGCAAAGGCUGCACAGAAGAGGAGAAGGCCUUGAUGAAGCUUGGUGCCCUUGGGCAAGCAAGGGCCAGCAGGAUGCUGAGCAGGCAGCAGGAUAGGGAACAGCAGAUGACAGCUGCCAAAGCUGCUGAAGCUGCAGCUGCCCAUGCUGCAGAGGCAGCCAAGGCUGCACAGGCAAGUUCCUGGGCCUGCCAGCAGCAGGCAUUCCAGUACCAGCAGGAAAUGGCCUACCAAAGCUACUGGAACCAAGCCUACUACCAGCAGCAGCAGCAGUGGGAGUGGAAGCAAAACUGGGACCAGUCUGUGGGAACCCAUGCAGCAGCUAAGCCUGGCAGACCUCAAGCUGCCAAACCUCCAAGGGAUGAGAAGGCUGCAACUCCAAGUGGCUCCACUGCUGCCAGUGGCUCCACUGCUGCCAGUGGCUCCACUGCUGCCAGUGGCUCCACUGCAGGACUGACUGGACCAAAGCAACAUGUGAGAGGACCACCUGGGGCCACUCCUAAGACUGCUGGAAGGCCACCCAGAGAUUGGAUUGGAGCAACCAAGACUGCAGUGGAGGAGAAAGAUGACUGGCAGAAGCCAAAGUCAAGGAAAAGUAGGAGAAAGAAGAAGCAUGGCCCCUCUGAGAGCUCCUGCCUUUGCAAAAAGGGCUUCAAGGGAGUGGGCCUUGCAAAAGGGCUCAUGGCACCUAAAGCCAUCAAGGCAGCCAGUGCCAUGAAGGUUCUCAAGCUGAACCUGAAAAGGCCAGCAGCUGCAGAGGCUAUGUCUUUGGAUGACAAAAUGGAGCUGUUCCAGAAAAGGGGCAGCAAGGAUGUCCAGCAGUUUUUGGAUGGGCUGACCAAAGGACAGAGGGAGGCAUUGUGGCAGAGGUUUGCCAAUGCCAGGGCCAGCUUGAAGGACCCAGAGACUGAAGGCAUGUGGCAGGAAGUUGCAAAAGGGAAGGGGUCAGACCCUGCAAAGAAGCAACUCCUGCAAUGCUUUCUGAAGCUGGGUGGGGACCUCAAAGGAAAGAAGGACCAAUGGCAGAAGGAGCUCAUCUCCUACACCAAAAGCAGUGGUUCCAGGAACACUGAAGAGUGGGUGCCUUUUGCCAGCAUCCUGAAAAGGUAUGGGCUGCAUGUCAAGAGGGGCACAAUCCAAGUGAGAAGGGAUCCCUCUGACACUGCAGAGUGGCAGUUUGCUUUGAAGAAGGCUGUAACCUGGACAGAAGAAGAGAUGAAACAUGGCUUCAAGGGGGAGUCUUCAGCCAAAGCAGAGGUUGCACAAUGGAUGGAGCUGAAGGCCCAAGGCCUUUUCAAGGAUGAUUCUGAAGUCACUGCUGACAACCAAGCAUUGGAUGCUGUGCUUGGAGGGAAAAACAAAGACAAGCUGCCUUUGGAAGACAAAGAUCAGCAGAGUCCUGGAAGGAAGUCUGCAAGCUCCAAGGCCAAGGAUGGCCAAGUGGUGGAAGCUGACCUUCUGUCAGAAAUGGGAGGGAAGCUGAAAACUGAGGAGGCACAUGUGAGAAUUAGCAGAAUGGUCAAGCUUUUGAAGGAAGUGAAGAAUGAAGUUGAUGAAGAAAACUCCACACCCUUGGACCAGUGCUUGACAGAUCUUCAGAAGCUUGGGAAGAUGGGCAAGAAGCUGAAGAUGGACCAUGCCAAGGGCAAGCUGUUCGAUGCUGCAUUGCAAAUCAAAAAGGGCCCUUCUAUCCAAGCCAUUGCUCUGGCUGCAUCCAAAAGUGGUGCAAAUUCCUCAGAUAUUGAGUCUUUGGCUGCCUUGGGAAAUUUUGGAAGGUCCAGUGAACACAUUGCUGGGCAAAUGGUGAGCAAGUAUUGCCAAUCCCCUCUCAUUCAACUACCAGAACCAUAUUUUGCAGAGAUCCCAGUUGCUGUGAAAACAUGUGAUGACUGGACCAUGGCUAUGAAGCAAGUAGCCUGCUUCUUGCCACAUGAGUGGCUGAGUUGGCUUGAAGGCCAGGAGCAGGCAGCUGGCUUUCAGGAGCUGAAGGCAUUCUGGAAGAAACAUAGCAGAGAAGAUCCAAAGUUGAAGGGCAACCCAAUUUUGGAAGGCUGCCAGAAGUAUUUGCCUAUGUGUUUGCAUGGAGAUGGUGGGUCUUUCCAAAGGGCUGAUAGCAUUUUGGUGCUGUCAAUGAGAAGCCUGCUUAGCUCAGCUAAUGUUGGCCUCUCCCAAAUGCUGCUGGCUGCCUUACCCAAGUCAGCAGUACACCAAUCCACCAACCCAGCAGAAGAUACGUUGGUGCAGCUGUGGAGGAUCCUAAAAUGGUCUUUGGACCACAUGUACUAUGGCAAAUUCCCAGAGAUGAAUCAUCAGGGAAAGCCUUGGCCUGCCAAGUCCAAAAGGGGUGAAGUAGCUGGUAGCCAACUACAUAGCCAGGGCCUAUGUGGGAUGAUUUUCUCCAUCACUGCUGAUGGUGAGUUUCAUCAAAACCAUUUUGGGUUGCCUGGAGCCUCCCACAAUGAUUGCUGCUGGAGUUGUGGUGCCAACAAAAGCACACACCCCCACAAUGACUAUAGAGCAGAAGCCAAGUGGAGAACAACUUUGAAAGAUCACACAGUGAAGAGCCCAACUGAGCACAUCAUCACCACAGUUCCAGGUGUGAAUGGCUACAGCUUUGCCUAUGACUCCCUUCACAUCUUGGAACUUGGUGUGUCCAGCCAUAUCCUGGCCAACAUCAUGUUCGACUUGGUGGUGAAAGGUGAAAUCCAUGAAUCCACCCAAGAAGCCAGGCUGAAAACCUUGUUCAGAAAGCUGCUGGAACAAUACCAGGAACAAGGUGUUGAUGCAUCCCACCAAGUGAGAAGGCUUCAGCUCAGCACUUUCUGUCAGCCAAAGGCAAAGUACAGCUCUUUCCCUGAUCUGACAGGUAUCAAAGGCAGAGAGGUGAGGCACAUGGUUGGGCCUUUUGUGGAGAUUUGCAAGGACUUCAAUGAUGGAACCCCUUACAAGAAGCACAGGAUGCUUUGUAUCUCCAACCUCAGCAAGAUGUAUGAGUGUCUGGAAGGGCAAGGGCUCCACCCAUCAACCAAGGCUUACCAAUCCUUCAAAAAAACACAGACUUGUGUCUUGUACAUUAUUCAAAGCUGGCCAAGCUUGCCAUGUCUGAGGGCCUGCUCCAAUGGAAUACAGUACACAAGCACCACUUGGCUUGCCACAUGCCAGACCAGUUCCAGUUCUUGA